AUGUCGCCGUCUCUGCUCGGGGGGCUCACCAAGUCGCUGGCCAUGACCGUGCUCUCCGAGGUCGGCGACAAGACCUUCUUCGCCGCCGCGAUUCUGGCCAUGCGCCAUCCCCGGAAGCUCGUCCUCGCUGGCUGUCUAUCGGCAUUAACAGUGAUGACGGCUUUAUCUGCUUCUCUAGGCUGGGUUGCACCAAACCUGAUAUCACGUAAAUGGACUCACCAUAUCACCACUCUGCUGUUCUUUGUGUUCGGCAUCUGGUCAUUGUGGGAAGGCUUCAAAGAAGAAGGAGAGUCAGAAGAUUUGGCUGAAUUGGAAGCAAAGCUGGAUGCGGACUUUAAGAGUAACAAAGGGGAAUCGAAAAAUAAAUCAAAGGCAACUGAAGAUACAAAGAAAAAGCAAAGGCCAUUUCUCAUGCAGUUCUUCUCGCCAAUCUUUAUAAAGGCAUUUUCCAUCACUUUCUUUGGUGAGUGGGGUGACAAGAGCCAGAUUGCUACGAUUGGCUUGGCUGCUGACGAAAACCCAUUUGGUGUUGUCAUCGGGGGAGUCAUAGCUCAAGCACUCUGCACUACCGCUGCCGUGAUGGGAGGGAAGAGCCUGGCCUCUCAGAUAUCCGAGAAGAUGGUCGAAUUGUCGAGCGGGGUGCUAUUCCUGUUGUUCGGCAUCAUGUCCUUGCUGUCAGGACCAGAAGGGCAAUUGUAA